AUGGAUACAACGUACGAUCAACUGGCCAGGAGGGCAGUGGAUCUACUGGAGGCUUCCAAUCGGUACAGAGUUAUAGUACUAGUGAUUGGAUCCCCCGGCAGUGGAAAGUCUACACUUUCGGACAAGGUAGUUGAAAGAAUAAAUAAAGAAUACAAAAAGCAUAGACAUGCAUCAAGUCUAGAAAGUGAUUCGGGCACAAUGGAUGGAAUCGCGUGCGGAAGCGAUGGCGAUAGCUACGACCAACAUACUAACAAGGGAAAGUUGAAUUUAAAAUCGAGCGAAUUUCUUGUUCGGGAUGUUUUAAUCAAGCAAUUGGGGAGAUUCACAAAAUUCGACCCUGAAGAUGUCAUAUCCGUUGAAGAUGAGAACUUUCCACCGAGGCUGCAAACUGAAGGCGAUAGGAGGGUGAUACACGGAAGAGGCACCACUAUCGAGAUAGAUUCUUCACUUAGUCCCGAGAGUCACGAGAGUUCUGAGGAACCUGAGCCAGAACUAGCACAGGUGAUUCCAAUGGAUGGUUUUCACUUGCCAGUAGCAACGCUGAAGAAAUUUGAGGAUCCGGAGUUUGCGAUUUUGAGAAGAGGUUCGCCUUUCACAUUUGAUUCGACCAUGGUGGUGACGUUGAUUGAGCUCUUGACAGAUACAUGCAUCGAUAUUUCAGAUAUACAAGAUGGAGGUCAAGGAGACAACCAGACGAGGUGUGAGUCUGGAGACGUCAGGCUCAAUAAAGGCAAGCCUCGAGACCACAAGCUCGGCAAGUAUGACAUACUCCCGGGAAAAGCUACCGGAAUACCCGAUAUCUACAUUCCCGAUUUUGAUCACGCCCUCAAGGAUCCAACCUUGAACGGGAUCAAAAUCGCAUCAACCACGCGGAUUUUGAUUGUGGAAGGAUUGUAUCUCCUAUUGAAGCAGGAGCCUUGGUGCCGAAUACAGACGUGUCUUAGCUCAACAAAGGCACCGAACGAAUCUUGGAAGCUGGAAAUUGACCGCCAAAGAGCAUCCACGAGGGUGGCUCGGCGCCAUGUCUCUAGUGGAAUCUGUCAAGACCUGGAGAGUGGAUUAGAAAGGUACGAAUUGAACGAUGGAAUUAACAGGAAUUUGGUUGAUGAGCACAGUUAUCCCUGUGAUUUACAGAUUUGCAGUAUUGAUCAGCCAUAUGGAGAGAGCAACGGUUUUUGCAAAUGA